CAAGAGGCCAGGGCAAACCUCGAGGCGUCAUCGGAGGGUUCUCGGGCGCUGCUGGCUCUCCUGAACGAAAGGGUUUCCGCAAAACACGUGCAACAACUUCGAAGAAUUGCAAGCUGCGAGGCUUUUCUGUCAUCCCUGAUAUUGUCGGUGAACCGUUCUCCAACCCCCUGGCCCCAGAUGGCCAUGAGAUAGAUGAUUCUCAUUCUUUCCACCAGUCUAAACUGACCAAUGAAGACUUCCGCAAGCUUCUUAUGACCCCACGGGCAGCUCCAACAUCUGCACCACCUUCCAAGUCUCGCCAUCAUGAGAUGCCAAGAGAAUACAACGAAGAUGAAGAUCCAGCUGCUCGCAGGAGAAAGAAGAAAAGCUAUUACGCAAAGUUACGUCAGCAAGAGAUUGAACGAGAGAGGGAGCUGGCGGAGAAGUACCGAGAUCGUGCCAAGGAGAGAAGGGACGGGGUCAACAAGGACUACGAGGAAACGGAGCUGAUCAGCACAACUGCCAACUACAGGGCCGUGGGACCCACUGCGGAAGCGGACAAGUCAGCAGCAGAGAAGAGGCGGCAGUUGAUCCAGGAGUCCAAGUUCUUGGGGGGUGACAUGGAGCACACUCACUUGGUCAAGGGUCUGGAUUUUGCCUUGCUGCAAAAGGUGCGUGCCGAGAUUGCCAGCAAAGAAAAGGAAGAAGAGGAACUGAUGGAGAAGCCCCAGAAGGAAACUAAAAAAGAUGAAGAUCCAGAAAACAAAAUUGAAUUCAAGACUCGCUUGGGCCGCAAUAUUUAUCGAAUGCUGUUCAAGAGCAAGGCCUAUGAGCGAAACGAGCUCUUCCUGCCCGGGAGGAUGGCCUACGUGGUGGAUCUCGAUGACGAAUAUGCAGACACAGACAUCCCCACAACCCUGAUCCGAAGCAAGGCUGAUUGUCCUACCAUGGAGGCACAGACCACACUAACUACAAAUGAUAUUGUCAUCAGCAAGCUGACUCAGAUUCUUUCAUACCUGAGGCAAGGCACUCGGAACAAAAAGCUCAAGAAGAAGGACAAAGGAAAACUGGAUGAGAAGAAACCACCAGAAGCAGAUAUGAAUAUUUUUGAGGACAUUGGGGAUUACGUACCGUCUGCGGCAAAGGUUCCUCGAGAGAAGGAGCGGGAGCGGUAUCGGGAACGUGAGCGGGAACGUGAGCGUGAAAGAGAGCGAGACCGGGAACAUGAGCGAGACCGGGAACGGGACCGAGAGAGGGAACGAGAGGAGGAAAAGAGGCACAGCUAUUUUGAAAAACCCAAAGCUGACGAUGAGCCUAUCGACAUCGAUAAAGGACCCGGCUCAGCCAAGGAGCUGAUCAAAUCCAUCAAUGAGAAGUUUGCUGGUGCAGGUGGCUGGGAAGGGUCAGAGUCAUUAAAAAAGCCUGAAGACAAAAAGCAACUGGGAGACUUCUUUGGGAUGUCAAACAGCUAUGCUGAAUGCUACCCUGCGACAAUGGAUGACAUGGCUGUGGACAGUGAUGAGGAAGUCGACUAUAGCAAAAUGGAUCAGGGAAACAAAAAGGGGCCGCUCGGUCGCUGGGACUUCGAUACACAGGAGGAGUACAGCGAGUACAUGAACAACAAGGAGGCCCUGCCCAAAGCCGCAUUCCAGUAUGGAAUCAAGAUGUCUGAGGGCCGCAAGACACGCCGCUUCAAGGAGACCAAUGACAAGGCCGAGCUGGAUCGGCAGUGGAAGAAGAUCAGCGCGAUCAUUGAAAAAAGGAAGAAGAUGGAGGCUGAUGGGGUUGAAGUGAAGAGACCGAAAUACUGAAACCCCCAUUAACCUUUGACUCCAUCAUCUGUGCUCGUGAAGCUUGGCUGGACUGGAGACGAGGCGCUGGGAGUGGUCUGCGGCCUCCCUGCGGCUCUGAAGCAAAGCCGCCCUGAUCCUCGCUCUUGGCAUCACAGAGGGCCUUGAACCCACAAGCAGGAGCUUUAGUUUGUCUUGUAUAGCCCACAAGUACAUAUAUAGUACAUGUUGCCCAGGAGCCUGCGUGCCAGCUUUUGUGGCUUGUAGUCUUGGUACAUGAAAUAAAAUCUGCACUAAUACUGCUGUCA